AUCUGCUGACAAAAAGCGACCUCCUGGUUCUCUGGUGAUAGCUAAAAAUAUCUUACACAAUACAUACGAUUGUCAGUUCCAGGACUAUGAACGCAUGGUUUUUGAACCUUUAGUUACAGCCAAAUUUGGAGGUCCAAGCUGGAAUACAAUGAGAGAGUGUAUGAAACACAAGAAUAAACAUAAGACAUGUUUUCAACGACAUAUGCCAAAAAAGUGUAAAGAUUCUACACAUAAAGUCACAAAAGUAUUACGACUUACAACAGACCUAUUGGCGACUGUUCUGCAGUCACGUGACAAUCUCAAGGUCAUUCAUCUCUUCAGAGAUCCACGUGCCAUUAUUAAUUCUAGAAUUGAGACCGAUUGGUACCCUGCAAAAACGGACAAAAUGAUUAUAGAAAACGCUAAAUCGUUGUGCAAUAAAAUGCUUUACGAUUUUCGCGAAGGUCAAAAAGUGCAAAAAUUAUUCCCAGAUAGAUUCAGAUUUCUUUAUUACGAAGAUUUUAGCGUUGAUAUUUUAAACAAGUCUAAAAUAUUAUAUAACUAUUUAGGUAUGAAUGGAAAUGAGGUUUAUUACCCAGAAAUCAUUAAACUUCCGGCUGCUAAGAACGCAGCACCUGUUAAGUCGGAGCGAAAGAAAAAUACAGCAUAUUGGUGGAGAAAAACUUUUAAAUGGGAAGUUGUUGAGAAAAUGGAGGAAAUAUGCAAGGAUGUGUAUAAAGAACUUGGAUAUAAAUCCUUUUCAAAUAAACAGGAAUAUAACGACUUGUCAAUACCCAGUGUAGUCAUACCAAAAGACUAUUUGAUCGUUUGAUGCAAGAGAUUUACUUAAGAAAUAAUGUUUAAGAUAAGCGUGCUAUGAUAGAAUGAUGCGCGGUUAUUGGUAAGAUGCGCAGAAUGCCUAGUAUCAUCUUAUUUCCUAUAAAACUUUUACAAAUAACAACUAAAGCACUCGAAUGCAUGCGAGAACGCUUGUAUAGAAUACCAAAUACCAAAUAAGAUAUUAUAUAAUCUGAGGACAGCUUCUGUGAUGACCGG